AUGUUUUUGAAGAAAUUUUUUGGUUGUUCAAGCAGCAAACUGGAAAAUGUUAAAAAAGCUGUAAGAGCAAGUGACUGGAUUGAAAAUGAAUUAGAAGAAUCUGAUUAUUUAAGCCAGAACUUUACUGGAGGUUCUGAUUAUGAAGAUUUUGAUAACGAAUAUGAAAUUGAAUACAGGGCUUCUUCGGCAGCUAGCAGUCGCAUUAUCAAACUAUGUCUUUUUACCUUGUGCACUGCAUGUUAUGUGAUAUCUGCUGUUUGCCUUCCGUUGUUUGGAUACUUCUACUGCCAUCACAAACGGUUGCAGAGCGAAAGAAUAUGGCGAAGGCAGUGGAUAAAAAAUGAACGUGCAGACCGCAGCAAUAGGCCUUCGAGUCCAGUUUUGUUCACCGGGACAUCGUAUACUUUCAGUGACACACAAACAUCUCCUGGGACACCGCAUACUGUCAGUGGCACAUAA